ACAUCCACGCAUGUACACUGUGACCUUUGAGUGCAGGCAGCAGUGAAAGCUGCACGCAGUGGACGGACGGACGGAGGAGCACGACGAUAUUCGAAGCUAUUUAAACUUAUAAACCCAUCUUAAAUGGGUUUAUUAUCACACCAGUCGUUAUUUUCGUCUGCCGAUUGUUGUGAAUGGAUUAUCUUAAUCACGUCUCACCAAGAAGCCUUACAACGCCCUGUCAGCAGCCAUAGCUUGGACAUUGACGCUGGAGGAUACUUUAAUCUGCCCCUGCAAUGGCAGUGUUUAGUCCCCAGGUGCUCUUUGCAGUCACAAGAUCAAGGGGAUCGUAUUUGUUGACCAAGAGGCACUGCUGCACCUCUCUGUCUUCCAAAGCCUAUCUCCAUAUAGACCCUCCCCGCUAUUUAUCUUCAUUGUACCCACUCAGGCACUCCCGCUCUUGCUACCUGCAAUGUUACCGAGGCCAUGGCUCAUGCCGCACUCACAGCUCUACCUUACUAGCCAGGUCACUACACAGCUCAAGUGUUUGGCUGCAGGACACAAAACAGGAGAAUGCUAAGCCCUCCCCCGUCCCUGCCCAGGAUAGCCCUCCUGGGACAAAGAAAGACCCUGCUGCCCCUCCACCUCAACCCCAACCCCCAUCAGCACCCACUCCAGCGUCCACCAUUGCCACAGCAGCUGCCGUCCCUCCGGCCCAGGAAAGAGCAGUCGUUAAAAAGUCUCUGUAUCAGAGGAUUGUGGACGAGUUGAAGCACUACUACAAUGGCUUCCGAUUGCUGGGCAUUGAUACCAAGAUCGCUGGCAGGAUGGUGUGGAGGCUGUUGCAUGGACAGUUGCUCACACGCAGAGAGAGGAGACGGCUGAUGAGGACCUGUGCUGACCUGUUCCGUCUAGUGCCCUUCAUGGUGUUCAUCAUUGUACCUUUUAUGGAGUUCCUUCUGCCCGUCUUCCUGAAGCUCUUCCCAGAGAUGCUACCCUCCACCUUUGAGACAGAGUCCAAAAAGGAGGAGAAGCAAAAGAAGGGUCUUGCUGCUAAGCUGGAAUUGGCCAAGUUUCUUCAGGAGACAAUCGCUGAGAUGGCCCGCAGAAAUAAGGCUAAGGUCCAAGCAGAGGAUGAGACACAGCGCUUCUCUACAUAUGUUCAGAAGGUGCGGCAUACAGGAGAGCAGCCCACCACAAAGGACAUUGUGCGGUUCUCCAAGCUGUUUGAGGAUGAGCUGACUCUGGAGCACCUGGAGCGCCCCCAGCUGGUGGCCCUGUGUAAGCUACUGGAGCUCCAGCCCAUCGGCACCAACAACUUGCUCCGAUUCCAGCUGAUGAUGCAGCUCAGGACCAUCAAGGCAGACGAUGAGAUGAUAGCAACAGAGGGUGUUGCGGCUAUGAGUGUGUCAGAGCUGCAGGCAGCAUGUCGUAGUCGAGGAAUGAGAUCUCUGGGUCUCACCACCGACCAGCUACGCCAGCAGAUGCAACAGUGGCUUGACCUGCACCUAAAGGAGAAUGUUCCUCCAUCCCUGCUGCUGCUCUCUAGGGCCAUGUACUUGACUGACCUCAAACCCAAACCCCCUGUCAUCCCGCCAGUACCCAAACUGGAGAAAUCCACUCCUCCUCCAGUGGAGAAUACGGAAGAGUCUAAAACUACAGUUUCUACUGACAUGCUAGCAGACCCUGCCCGGGUCAUCAAAGACAGACCGGUGGAGGAAUUGAGAGACAAGGCUCCUGUGGUUACAGACAAAUCAUUGUCUCCUGCUGAAGUCCUUCAGGCUAAAGCAGCGACAGAUGUGUCCCAGAAGAGCAAGAUGAGUGCCAACGGCGUGUGAAGAGGUGCAGGAGGCUCCUGGCUGGACUGAAAGGGACUUAGCCAUGACGCAGGAAAGUAGGCUAGUUUAGACGUAGUGGUCAAAUGUCAGGCCAUCAGUGAUCUACAGCAUAGUUGACAUCAAGCAUUUGGAAACUGUCCCUCCGCCCUGCCCUUUGAAUUCCUUCACUUCUUGUUCAGCAGUGCCACUGGCAUAUUCAUGACAACAGAGUGCACAUUGUCCUGCUCCCCUCCUGUCCUUCUCUCUGUUAACGUCUCCAUUGACUCUAACUCCAGUGUCGCUGGAAAAAGUACCAGCCUGAAAUUUCAAGGCACUGGCAGACCACUGAUGGUGAUACACUUUGUUCUAUGUCCUGGAAAGAGACAACCCUGCCUUCCAUGAUGAAGCCUGGCUCAAUAUCUCAGUGGUCCAGAUCACCUCCUCCUCCUCCUGUAUAUUUGUAAAUAUCCUGUAUAUUUUUCUCACUGUCUGACAUUGCAGCAGCUUUGUACAGUUUGUUUAUGCAACGGCCUAAUUUCUCUUAUGCAAUACUUUGAAGUUUUCCCUCUUAGCAUUUUUAUUUGGUUUUAUUUGUGUAACAUUUAACUCCAGUUCCGACUCUGACAUAAGAGUCCUCUGAGAUAAACAAUAGAAAGUUACAACAGCUGUUAAACGUUUUGGUUCAACAGCUGUAUCAUCUUUUGAUUUUCGUUAAGUUUGACCUUUCUGAACCCUGGAGAGAACAGACGGCACAUUCUGAACCUUUGGCAUUCACAGCAGCCAUAGGUUCAGGGAAAUUCACUGAAGUUGGAAUGAGGUUGUGUUGUGUCGAUGUGUGCAGUUGUAAAUAGCAAAUGAAUGAGUAUAUUGUUUUGAUUGAAAGAGAGCGCUCUCCUUAAGCCCAUAAGAGAUUGUAGUGAUGUGCAGUCUGCCUCCAAAAAAUCCUAUUUUAUUCUGCUGGAUUAUAUAUACUUUAUUUUAACACUAUAUUGCUACUUUUAAUUCAAAUUUGAAAGAAGAUAUACUUGACAGCAUUGACUGCUACUGGACAUAAUCCAUGCAAAAUGUUAAAACUAUUUGUGAAUAUGUUGCUAAAAUAUUGGAGUAGCAUAUAUAAAUGUUGCAGCCAUAAGUGAGAUGGUUACCCAAGGACAUUUUAUUUUUUGUAAUGUGGUUAAAAGAGGUAAAAUAUAUACUGUUAUGACUGUGAUUAUAGCCACUCCAUUAAGCUUUCAAAAUUAUAUGACCUUGAAGGUUGCUAUUUGAAGGUUUACCACAUAAAAGUGUACUGUAUACACAUCUGUAUACAUAUGAGUGUGUUUGUUUGACAAUGCCUUAGCCUUUGGGACAAAUGUUUAGCAACAAGUUUGGAGAUUUUAUUAACCCCUUACAUACAGCUGACGUUGGCAUAAGCAUUAUAACUUGGCUUCUCAUAUCUGAGUGAAAUGGAAUUGUCUCCGUGCACCGUUCUGCCUCAGAGCUCAUUACCCAUAGGAAAUGGAUGCAGUAAAUGAUGCUUUUUUUUUUUUAGAAGAAGAAUGAUUAUUAAUGUGAUUUGUUAUUGGUUUUACACAUGUUCCUAAGGGUAAGGGGCAUCGAGGCUGAUAUUUGCAUUUUUCUUGAGAUUAUACUAUACAGAUUUCUAUCCUACCAUGUCAUUUUGUACUUGGCUUGAUGGUUCACUUCACUGAGUUACCUUUGUCUCUGUGGAAUGUCUCUAUUUUUCCUCCCUGCUCAAACCCUGUAUCCAUUCAUGUAAUUGUCAGGUCUGUGUUGAUGAUGGGGCUGAAGAAAGUAAAAGAUCAGAGAAUCAUAACUUGUACAUUUAUCAGUUCUGAUGUUCUCUCAUGCCAUAUUCAACCUCGCGUGAUCUAAGUGACAUUUGUGGCACUUUUAUUUGGAAUCAGUAAGUUGGUGUUUUGAGCUGGAGGUCAGUGUUUAGUUCGUAACAGCCUUUGUUUUCUCUCAGAAUUGUUGAGGAAGCAUAUUUGUGUUGCUCUUCAUACUUUUGUGACAAAUUGAUCUGGUCACCCCAUACUGUUAAUCUGUGGCACUGUUGCGUAAUUGAAUGACUGUACAGCAAUGAAGUAAUGAGGAUGGCUUGACUCAUAUCUCACUGAUAUGAAGUUUGUAAUUUGUCAUCAGACCUACUGGACAAGACUGUGAGUUGGAGACUGUUUGUAAUUCAGGGUUCACCAAAAGACUCCAGUGUUAGUUUGUCAGCACAUGCUCAGUAUCAUCCUCAUUAUCCUUCCACAUCUUUGCUCCCCGCCAUUUCCUUACAUUUGACAUCAUACAGUUUACUUGCAGUUCCAUGCCGUUGUACUAAUCACUGCCUGCAUGGAAGUUGCUCCUGCCUACUUUUGUCACAGAUGCUCUGAUGUGUAAGCUCCACUGUGAUCUGUGGCUCUAAACGCACUGAAGGUCAAGUGAGUCCCUUGUCUGCAGGCCUGCUCUUUCUACAAAUCCAACAUGGAUGUCCGAUUACUCAUUUCACUGCAUUAAAUUUGUGCAUAAUUUGACCAUGUCAGAUGAGUGUUUGGGUGGUAAAAGACCAGAGUUCACAUGAUUAAAUUCAUGAAACCCUUUA